AUGUCCUCCGUCACGUCAAACUUCGCUAGUAAAACAGAAGUGAAUUCUAAAUCAAACACAUUAUCUAUCUAUCUAUCUAUCUAUCUAUCUAUCUAUCUAUCUAUCUAUCUAUCUCAGUCGGUUCAUUAUCUAUCUAUCUAUCUAUCUAUCUAUCUAUCUAUCUAUCUAUUCAUUAUAUCUAUCUAUCUAUCUAUUCAUUAUCUAUCUAUCUCGGUUCAUAUCUAUCUAUCUAUCUAUCUAUCUAUCUAUCUAUAUAUCUAUCAUUGUUCAUUGUUCAUUUUGACUAUAUAUAUCUAUCAUUGUUCAUUUUGUUAUUCAUUUUGUUCAUUUUUUCGUUAUUUCUAUCUUGUUCAUUGUCUAUCUAACUUUGAAUUAUCAUUAUCUUUCUAUCUAUCUAUCUAUCUAUCUAUAUUAUAUCUACCAGUUUGUUCAUUAUUAUCUAUCUAUCUCUUUUAUCUAUCAUCUAUCUAUCUAUUCAUCUUUCAGUUUCAUUAUCUUCUAUCUUCUAUCUUUCUUUAUCACAGUUUCUUUCUUGCUUUCUUCUAUCUUCUAUCUUCUAUCUAUUAUAUAUCUAUCAUUGUUCAUUGUUCAUUGUUCAUUUUUCGUUAUCUAUCUAUAGUUGACAUUAUCUUUGCUCAUUAUCUAUCUAUUUAUCUACCUUUGUUCAUUGUUGAUUAUCUAUCUUUGACAUUAUUCAUCUUUGUUCAUUUUCUUCCUUCCUUUCUUUCUUUCUUUCUUUCUUGCUUUCUUUCUUUCUUUCUUUCUAUCAUUGUUCAUCUAUCUAUCUCUAUCUAUCUAUCUAUCUAUCUAUCUAUCUAUCUAUCUAUCUAUCUAUCUAUCUAUCUAUCUAUCUAUCUAUCUAUCUAUCUAUCAUUGUUCAUUGUUAAUUAUCUUAUCUUAUUUAUUAUUUAUCUUUGUUCAUCUAUCUAUCUAUCUAUCUAUGUUUAUUAUCCAUCCAUUUUUGUCCGUUAUCUAUCUAUCUACGGUGGGUCGAACCAUAUGAUUAGCUAUUUAAUAUCUAUCUAUCUAUCUAUCUAUCUAUCUAUCUAUCUAUCUAUCUAUUCUAUUUUUAAUUUUAGCAUUUCUUUUAGGCAACUGUUUUUUCCAUUCUUUUUUUUCACUGUCUUUGCGGUGUCUAUAUUUUUUUCAUCCCUUUCCUUUUUUCUUCUUUCUUUCUUUCGUUUUUUUCUUAUUCUUCCAAUCGCUUUUCUUUCACCGUUUUUGCGUUUUCUAUAUUUUCUAUCCCUUUCUGUCUUUCUUUCUUUCUUUCUUUGA